CAUUUACCCAACUGGACAGGCCGCAGUCAUUCUCUAAAACGUACAUUUUGCACAGCAGAGAGUUAGAAGCAGGAGCAGGAGAGCUUCCUUGGCACAGAGAGUUGGAAGCAGGAGCAGGAGAGCUUCCUUGGCAGCAGGCACGAAUGACUUCAGUGCCUUCACCAGGCCUCAGGGCCAAUUCUGUAUAUGUGGUGGCACCCCCCAAUGGUUAUCCUGUAGUCCCAGAAAGCAUGCCUCAAGUGCCUCUAUAUCCAAACAACCAGACUCAAAUCCACGUAAUUCCUGGGAACCUACCUGUUUCCGUGCCAACCCAGAAAGUCUUGAAAAAUGGCAAAGUCCUAGGGGCCAUCCAGAUCCUGAUUGGCUUGGUGCACAUUGGCAUGGGCUCCAUCAUGUUAACCAACCUCUUCGGGUACUAUGUACCUGUCUCCCUGUAUGGAGGCUUCCCCUUCUGGGGAGCCAUCUGGUUUAUCAUUUCAGGAUCUCUCUCAGUGGCGGCAGAAAAUCAGCCUAAUUCACCUUGUCUGAUGAAUGGCAGUGUAGGCUUGAACAUCUUCAGCGCCAUCUGUUCUGCAGUGGGCGUCAUACUCUUCAUCACAGAUAUGAGUGUCUCAGGAGCAAAUGUUCACCACAGUGACUACCCUUACUAUGACAACUGGAAUACAGGUAUGGCUAUUUCUGGUGUGCUGCUCAUCUUCUGCCUCUUGGAGUUCUGUAUUGCCAGUGUGUCUUCCCACUUUGGAUGCCAAGUGACCUGCUGUCAGCAAAACAAUGUGGAUGUGGUCAUUCCAAAUGUCUAUGCAACAAACACAGUGGUCUUCCCAGGACCAUCGAACCCAAUACCAAGUUAUUCCAGUGUAGUUCAAGACUCCGGAUAAGUGAAGCUAAAGAUUCUAGAAGAAUCUUUUCACUGAGACCAACUGAUGUCCUCCCCUGCCUAGGCUCCUGUAAGCUAGGUCCUUCCUUUCCUGACAAACUUGGGGAAAUGUCUCUCUUACUGCUUAUACUGUGGAUUUGUGCUCCAAUUCACCCUGGCAAGCCCUGCUGGCUCUCUGCUAGAGCAAUGUGGGUGACUGAAAUGGAUUUCAACAAAGAUGUCCUCUCAAGACCCAUGCAUUUGUAUGGUGGUCAGAUCUCUACAUCAGCCUUGGUGUACACACAUCUAUGUACUCCCUGCCUAAGGGAGUUUUCAUAAUAGAGAAAUAGCUACCUCAUCACUGAAACGCCCCUCUGUCAGUCGUUUGAUCAUUUAAUAAAAAUGUACCAUCAGAAGUA